ACCACCUUGCACUCUGUCCUGUCAGAGCUUGCAGGCACAUCUCGGUGCUUGGCUGUUCGUGGUUUGACUGCUGCAGCCGCAUACUACCAUGGCGCGCCUUUGCAUUGCACUCAUGUCGACGGCAUAUGCAUUGACACCGCGACGCGGCGUGCUUGUUGGCACCGGCAGCACUCUUGCAUCAGCGCUCGCACCGCCAGCGUUCGCGCGCGACGAACAGAUGCUGCGGGUCGGCCAGGAGCAACCGUUGACGGACCGCGACAACGUGCAGUUCCAGACGCUCUCGAGCGGCGUCAAGGUUCAACAAUUAAGGCCCGGCGACGGCGCAUCAGUCGGCCGCUCGUCGACGAUCGCCGUGGAAGCGACGGGUCGGCUCCUAAACUUGAACGGCGUGCAGUUUUAUUCAACGAAACGCCUCGCCGGCGCCGACGCGCUCGGCGGCGCCGAACAAAUCUUGCGGCUCGGCACCGGGUCGGUGGUGCCCGGACUCGAACAGGGCCUCCAGGGCGCCAAGAAGAACGAGAUCCGACGCAUCAUCGUGCCCUCGAACCUCGGCUACUCCGAGACGACGGACCUCGAGCCCGUCCCGCCGACGAUCGAGGACAAACGCGCCCUCGACAGCGUGCUGCGGAACCCACGCCGCGACGCGGCGCUGCUCUUCGACGUGAAGAUUUUGCGCGUGAAGUAGUAGGCUAAGUAGACAUUACUCAGUC